AUGGAGCUAGAAUGGACAAAAGAGAAUCAGGGCUCUGCUAAAUACAUGACUCCUUUAGCAGCAAUGUACGGUGAUCUUGAUGACACCAAGCAUCUCAUCAGUCUAGGAGCUUUGGUAAAUAAGGGAAAUGAUGACAGCUGGGCUGCAUUACACAGUGCUGCUCAUGAGAGUCAUCUUGAUAUUCCCAAAUAUCUCAUCAGACGAGAAGCUUUUGUGAAUAAAGGAGAUAAUGACAGCUUGGCUGCAUUACUCAUGGCUGCCUUCAGUGGUCAACUUGAUGUCACCAUAUAUCUCAUUAGUGAAGGAGCUGAGGUGAAUAAGGGAGAUAUUGCCGCUGAGGUGAAUAAGGGAGAUAAUUACGGUGUGACAGCAUUAUACUGUGCUGCUCGUGAGGGUCGUCUUGAUGUCACGGAAUAUCUCAUCAGUCAAGGAGCUGAGGUGAAUAAGAGAAAUGAAGGCGGUUGGACAGCAUUACACAUUGCUGCUUAUCAAGGUCAUCUUGAUAUCACUAUCUAUCUCAUCUAUCAAGGAGCUGUGGUGAAUAAGGGAGAUAUUUCCGAGGGCUACCUUGACGUCACCAAAUAUCUCAUCAGUCAAGAAGCUGAUGUGAAUUACAGAGAAAAUCAGAGUAGGACUGCAUUACACCUUGCCGCUCAAAAGGGCCAUCUUGAUGUCACAAAAUAUCUCAUUAGUCAAGGAGCUGAGCUCGACAAGAGGGAUUUAACGGAUAUCCAACUUGCAAUCCAAGACGGUCAUACAUCCACUAUUGAGAAGUUAGUUUCUGAGGGAGCUGAUAUCAAUGCCCAGUCAACUGAUGGCCAGACGUGUCUCCAUAGAGCCAUUAAACUUUGCUAUAAGAGCGACAAGAGUAUGCAUGACUCGGAUACACUUCAAGAGGCAGCGUUAAAAUAUACGUAUGGUGCUCAUCCACCCUGA